AUGAAAACUAUAACGAUCUUUGUGAUUGCUUUAGUUGUUUUCUGCCAGGCGAGAAGAAGCUUUGUCGGAAGGAACCUUCAAGGCGACAAUCAAUUCUUCAUUGAUGAGUCCGUAGGCAUGGAUGACGACAACCAGUUUGGUCCUCAAAGAGAUAAUCAAUGGGGCCCUCCCAACAGACCCUCUGAGGGAGACCCUAGAGGGCCUCCAGGAGGUAACCCAUUCGGAGGCUUGUUUGGCAACCAAGACAAUCAAGGUGGUGACCCAUUCGGUGAUCUCUUCGGUGGUCUCUUCGGCAACCAAGGCGGUCAAGGAGGCCAAGGUGGCAAUCCAUUUGGUGGGUUAUUUGGACAAGACAACGACCAAAAUGGUAAUGACAACGACAUGUUUGGAGAUAUAUUCGGAGGUCUCUUCGGCGGUGGUCAGAAUAACCAAGGAGGAAAUCCAUUCGGUGGAUUGUUUGGCCAACAAGGCCAGCAAGGAGAUCAAGGGUAUAAUCCAAAUGAAGGAUCCUACGGAAACCAAGGAGGCCAAGGUGGAAAUCCAUUUGGAGACAUGUUUGGUGGUUUAUUUGGUUCUCAAGAAGGAAACAACCAAAAUGAUAUGUAUGGAGGAAAUGGAGAUAACUCGUUUAAUUACAAGCUUAGAGCUAAGCAGAACAUGAUCAAUGAUAUGUUUGGGAAUAAGAACCCUGGCUCUGCUCCUUUCGAUCUACAAAAUAAUAAUCCGUUGAAUGGAAUUUUAGGAGGCAAUCAAGGAGGAGGUGCCAAUAUUAUGGGAGCUUUAUCCGCAAUCAGUGGAACGGGAAAUGCACAAGAAAACAACUUCAUCUCAAUGAUUUCACAGAUUUAUAACCUAUAUCAAAUGAACCCAUCUCUUGUUGGAGGUGCUUUGAAAGGUUUUAUUAACAACUGGUCCAGUCGUCUUUAA